CGGUUUUCGGAGUCAUUCAGCGCCUCCUGAAGGAAGAAUUGAGUGUUUGCUGCUCAAUGCGACACUCGCAUGCGCCGUACGGCAGAUGUUUACUACAGUUCUGAACACGUUUGCGGCGGCAACACGGCAGUGGACAGGAGUGAUCACAGCCCUUUCAUAAAAUGAAUUCUCAUCAUCAAGGCUAGAAGUGCAUCUGAACACGCUCCAGGUGAAUCUGUGUGCCGUACUAGAGUAAAGAUGGAGUUUAUUAAAGAGGAGAUUGAAGACAUGAGUGAUCCAGAACCAUCCAGAAUAAAACAUGAAGAUACUGAGGAACAAACAGACCAGGUGAGAGUGAAAGAGAAAAGACUGAAUGAAGUGGAGGAGGAACAUCGUAACUUUACAAUUCAAAGAACAAAAGCCAAAAAGAUGCACACCUGCACUCAGUGUGGAAAGAGUUUCACAAAGAAAGGAAACCUUAACAUACACAUGAGAAGUCACACUGGAGAAAAACCGUUUACAUGCACUCAGUGUGGAAAGAGUUUCACAGAUAAAGGACACCUUAACUCACACAUGAGAAUUCACACUGGAGAAAAACCGUUUACAUGCACUCAGUGUGGAAAGGGUUUCACAAAGAAAGGAAACCUUAACAUACACAUGAGAAUUCACACUGGAGAGAAACCGUAUCCAUGCACUCAGUGUGGAAAGAGUUUCACUGAAACAUCAGGUCUCAGUGUUCAUCUGCGCAUUCACUCUGGAGAAAAGCCAUUUAAAUGUGAUCAGUGUGGUAAAGAUUUUAUUUCAUCAUCAGAUCUAAAAUCACACCUGACAGUUCAUUCAGAUGAGAGGCCUUAUGUGUGUUCUCUCUGUGGAAAGAGUUUUUCACGUCGGAAGUGUCUUAAUCUACACCAGAAAACACACAAUGAAGUGAGAGAUUAUAUGUGCUUUGACUGUGGGAAGAGCUUUACUACAUCUGAGAAUCUGAAACAGCAUCGAAGAAUUCACACUGGAGAAAAACCUUUCAAGUGCUCAUACUGUGACAAGAGUUUCAGUCAUUCUGGAUCUCUGAAAUCACACGAGCGAGUUCACACUGGAGAGAAGCCGUACGACUGUACUCAGUGUGAGAAGAGUUUCACUCGGUCUGCAAACCUGAAAUUACACGAGCGAGUUCACACUGAAGAGAAGCCGUACGCCUGCACUCAGUGUGGAAAGAGUUUCACACGGAAAGGAAACCUUCACAUACACAUGAGAAUUCACACUGGAGAGAAACCGUAUACAUGCACUCAGUGUGGAAAGAGAUUCACUGGUGAAUCAGGUCUCAUCUAUCAUCUGCGCAUUCACUCUGGAGAAAAACCAUUUAACUGUGAUCAGUGUGGUAAAGAUUUUAUUUCAUCAUCAAAUCUUAAAGAUCACCUGAAAGUUCAUUCAACUGAGAAGCCUUAUGUGUGUUCUCUCUGUGGAAAGAGCUUUUCAAGGCUGGACAGUUUUAAACAGCACCAGAAAACACACGAUGAAGUGAGAGAUCAUGUGUGCUUUGACUGUGGGAAGAGCUUUACUAGAGCUGAAUGUCUGAAACAGCAUCAAAGAAUUCAUACUGGAGAAAAACCUUACAAGUGUUCAUACUGUGACAAGAGAUUCACUCGGUCUGAAUCUCUGAAAUCACACAAGCGAAUUCACUCUGGAGAGAAGCCGUACGACUGUACUCAGUGUGGGAAGAGUUUCACAGAGAAAGGAAACCUCAAGACACACGUGAGAAUUCACACUGGAGAGAAACCGUAUACAUGCACUCAGUGUGGAAAGAGUUUUUCUCGUUCAUCAACUCUCGGGCAUCAUCUGCGCGUUCAUUCAGGAGAAAGGCCAUUUAACUGUGAUCAGUGUGGUAAAUGUUUUAUUUCAUCGUCAAAUCUAAAAGAUCACCUAAAAGUUCAUUCAGAUGAGAGGCCUUAUGUGUGUUCUCUCUGUGGAAAGAGUUUUUCUCGGCUGUUCUGUUUUAAACAGCACCGGAAAACACAUAAUGAAGUGAGAGAUCAUGCGUGUUGUGACUGUGGGAAGAGCUUUACUACAUCUGAUAAUCUGAAACGGCAUCAAAGAAUUCAUACUGGAGAAAAACCUUACAAGUGCUCAUACUGUGACAAGAGUUUCAAUCUUUCUGAUUCUCUAAAAUCACACGAGCGAGUUCACACUGGAGAGAAGCCGUACGCCUGUACUCAGUGUGGGAAGAGUUUCACCAAAUCAAGUAGUCUAGGGACUCAUAUUAAAAAGCAUUGUUCUGUGUCAUAGUGAGCAAAUGUUACCCUUCGAGAGGUCUAUGGUAAAACUCCUUCUCUUGAUAAUACUGAAACAAAUUUUUAGGGCUGGACCAGAAUAUUCAAUUAUUCGUUCAGUUGGUUGGUAUUCGAUUUGAAAAUGUGACAUUCGAAUAAACAUUUUUUUUGUUUGUU